CAUUCAAACACGCAACCUAAGGCGCGGUGGGGAUCUCUCCCUCUCCUCUCUCUCUCUCUAAAAAGCUCGGUCCAUUAUGAAGAUCCCGGGAAUCUUCUUUUCCCAGUUCCAACUUACGUGCCUUAUCACCCGGUGCCUUGGCCUCCAUUACCCGCAGCGAACAAAGACCGUCAACAGUUCCCCUCCAAUACGAUUCUAUUUCGAUCACUCUCAUCUCUCUCAAAUCUUUGUUUAUUCAAGAACUCACAUUUCUUUUAGAGAUUCCUCCUGAAAGACACAUAUAUUUCCCAAUUGGACUUAAUUUCAGAACCCACAAAUUUUUUAUAGAGAGAGAAUUUUUUAUUCAAAACGUUAUGAAUGCUAUAGGCUCAUGUCAGUUGCUAUUGGAUUUGCAGAGCUCCUGGCGCUCUAUCAAUCAAAUACCCAUCUCUGCUUUUGCUUACUUGUACAAUAACAAUGCAAAGUUAUCAGCUUCUUCCUCCCCUUCUCCUUCCUCUUCUCCUUUUAAGAGUCGUAGAGGUAGGAGGGGAAUUGGGUCAUCAAAUGCUUUCUCUCUAUCUCCUCAGACUAUUCGUAAGCCGUUCGAGCGGUUCUCGGUGUCUCCUCUCACGACGUCUUCCAGGUUGGGUUCGGUGUCUGAAUUGAUGCUUUUCAUGGAGAUUGUCCCCUUGAGGAUGAGGAGAGAGCUCUUGCAGCACUCUGAGAUUCAUCAAUUGAUUGAGGUGGUGAUAGAUCUUGGAAGAAAACCUCUUGCUCGAUUCCCUUCCGGUGAUUGGGUCAUUUCACAACAGCCAGUCGAGCUCGAAGAUCUUAAAUACUCCAUUUCAAAGGUGGGUGAUUUCUCAGAUGACAAUCGAUCUGGGAUUAAUAAUUCACUGCAUCGCAUUAGUGCUAUUCGAAACCGGAAAAUGCAAAUAAUUGGGUUAACUUGUCGAGUUGGUCGGGCAAUAUCUGGAAGUGCAGAGAUGGUCAGGGACUUGGUUGAGGAUGGAGGCUCUGUCUUGGUUAUUGGACAACCAGGAGUUGGAAAGACCACCUUGAUAAGGGAGAUAGCUAGAAUGUUAGCAGAUGACCAUAAAAGACGCGUUGUAAUCAUUGACACAUCUAAUGAGAUUGGAGGUGAUGGAGAUAUCCCUCAUUCAGGAAUAGGGCGUGCAAGAAGAAUGCAAGUCCCCAAUGUUAAUAUGCAGCAUACUGUAAUGAUUGAAGCAGUUGAAAAUCACAUGCCUGAGACAAUUAUCAUUGAUGAAAUUGGGACCGAGCUUGAAGCCAUGGCAGCCAGUACAAUUGCACAGAGAGGUGUCCAACUGGUUGGAACAGCCCACGGGAUGACAAUUGAGAACAUAAUGAGAAAUCCGUCCUUGCAAAUUCUUGUUGGUGGCAUUGAGAGUGUCACUCUUGGUGAUGAUGAAGCAAAGAAGAGGAAGGUUCAGAAGACAAUACUUGAGAGAAAAGGCCCCUCUACCUUCUUAUCCGCUGUUGAGAUGAUAUCCCGAACUGAAUGCCGGGUUCAUCAUAGAUUAGAUGCAACUGUAGAUGCAAUCCUUGCAGGCAAAUCUCCUUUAUUUGAAGUGCGUCGUAUGUCUCCUAAAGUUGAUGGGCCCAUUAAUUCCCCAGUGAUUUCUAAGGAUCCAGAUACAAGUCACUAUGAAAGAUAUGCUUUUGCUUCUGAUGAAGAUGAUAGUGAUACUCAAGAUUCCACAGAAUAUGCUGGGCAAAGCAAUAAAGGUAGCAUAAGUGCAUAUGAAAGGGAUAGUGGUGCACCUGUACGCCUUUAUACAUGCAAGAUCCUAGAAGCUGACCUGUUGCAAGUAAUUAAAUUUAUGGGGCUGGACCAUGCAAUCGACAUAACUGAUGACAUUGGGACAGCUAAUGCAAUUCUUGCAUUGAAGUCUGAGUUAAAGCAGAAUCCAUGGAUUAGAGGUGUUGCUAAAUUUCAUCAGUUACCAAUAUUUGUUAUUAAGGCAAAUACUAUGGCACAGAUGGUGAAGGCAAUUCGCAUGAUUCUCGGGAUGGACACAUUUGGAACUGUUUCUCGAUGGUCAUUCAAGCAACCAAAGAGGGACAUAGAAAUUGCAGAUGACGCACCUCAAAGAAAACCUUCACUGGAAGAGAUUGAUGCCUUGGAGGAGGUCAGACUGGCUAUUGAGUACAUUGUCAUUCCUGGAGGAGAGCCAGUAGAGCUCCUUCCUAGAUGCUCUAAAAUAAUUGCCCGCCAAUUGGCGCUUGUGGAAAGCUAUCAGCUUGCUGCUGAGAGGUCAGGCACGGAGCUCAACUCAAGGCUUCAGAUUCUUCCCAUGAAGAUUGAUAGGAAGAACAAUGCCCCUCAUAAAAACCCUGGUCUUGGUUUGAAACAAGGUGCGGAAGAGUCAAUGUUAGAUUGGAAUUCAAUAAGCAGUGGAGGUGGCGGAACAAGUGUUGCCAGGCUUCCUCUCUUGCCUGAAUGGUAAGGCUGAACAAUGUUGGUUGUCACUCUUGAAUGAUGCACCCCGUGUAAUGUACACUAUGUAAAUUAUGAUGCCAUGUUGUAAUAUCAUUUAUUACUCUUCUCUCUCU